CCACCAAUAUCUGCUGCUGUAUGAAAUAAUGGUCUUUGGUCGGACUAAAAAGCUGUUGUGAAGGUUGUGAACGCAACUGUUCUCAAAUUUCAGAAUUCAAGCGGUUUUUUUUGUGACAUGUGUUAGGCUGUGGUUUAUUUUUUACGAUAUAGUAAUAACGUUAGGUAGAUAGGUAGCGAUAGGUAGUAUUAUUUAUUUCUGAGAUGGCAGGGGAAUGUGACGUAAAGCUCUCCGUCAAAAUCGGAUUUAUAGGAGCGGGAAAUAUGGCUAAAGCAAUUGGUGAAGGACUGGCGAAUUCAGGAAUGAUAAAGCCAUCACAGCUGUACAUAUCUGCUCCUUCAGACAAGAACCUAGGCUCAUGGAAAGCCCUAGGAGCCCAUACAUCAAACAAAAAUGGUUUUGUUGUGGAACAGUCAGAUAUAGUUUUCAUAGCAGUAAAACCACAAAUACUGGACUCAGCAAUAGAAAACAUGAAGGCAACUCUGUCCCAGCCAGUCCACACUAAAUUGUUUGUAUCUGUACUUGCCGGUACAACUUUGGAGGUGUUAGAAAAGAAACUCUGUGAGGUUGUCAUCGGGGCCAGAGUAAUACGAGUGAUGCCAAAUACUCCCAUGAUGGUAGGUGCCGGUGUCUCAGUAUAUUCGGGUGGAAGCAACAUCACUUCUGAAGAUUUAAGUAUGAUUGGGAAUAUUUUAUCUGUAGGAGGAAUUAGCGAAAUGAUUCCAGAAUCUCUUAUUAAUGCAGUUGGGGCAGUGGCUGGUAGUGGACCUGCUUUUGUAUACAUUAUAAUAGAAGCUCUGUCAGAUGGUGCAGUCAAAAUGGGAAUACCACGAAAUAUGGCAACACAGCUUGCAGCUCAGACUGUGUUUGGUGCAGCAAAGAUGGUGCUGCAGACUGGAAAACACCCAGCACGACUCAAGGAUGAGGUGUGUUCAGCAGGUGGCUCCACCAUCACUGGUGUCCAUGCUAUGGAAAGUGGAGGAGUCAGAAAUGCUUUAAUGAAUGCUGUUGAAGCUGCUGCCAAAAGGUCUGAAGAAUUAUGUCCAAAGAAGUAGGAAUGCAACAUUCAAGAU